AUGCGAACAGGAGCUUGCACACUGCAACAGGCCCUCACCGCAGAGGCUGCCUCGGUGCUCAAGCACUCCCUCAGCUUGGCCAGGCGCAGAGGCCACGCUCAGGUCACCCCGCUCCAUGUCGCUACUACCCUCCUGAGCUGCUCCUCCUCCUCCAACCUCCUCAGAAGAGCCUGCGUCAAGUCGCAGCCCCACUGCCCUGCCUCCCACCCCCUCCGCUGCAGAGCGCUCGAGCUCUGCUUCAAUGUGGCCCUCAACAGGCUCCCCACCACUCCACCGCCCGCCUCUCAUCCCUCCCUCUCCAAUGCUCUCGUUGCGGCUCUCAAGAGGGCACAGGCCCACCAGAGGAGGGGCUGCAUGGAACUCCAGCAGCAACAGCAGCAGCUUCUCUUGGCUGUCAAGAUUGAGCUGGAGCAGCUCAUCAUCUCCAUCUUGGACGAUCCAAGUGUCAGCCGGGUGAUGAGGGAGGCUGGCUUCUCCAGCACCUCUGUCAAGAACAGCUUGGAGGGGGAGACCUCCUCUGUUUUGAGCCGGUCCUCGCCGUUCUUGCUUGAGUCACAUAAAGAUGUCAUCGACCAUGGGAGCCCGCUGUUUCCGUUGUCUUCGCAACAAUCCUCCCACCACCACCACGACUCGAGCGCAGUCUUGGAGGUGAUGCUCGGGAAACAGGGGAGGAGGACCAACACUGUACUGGUGGGGGACUCUGUUUCCCUGGCAGAGGGGGUCGUAGCUGAGCUCAUGGCGAAGGUGGGGAGAGGUGACGUCCCCGAUGAGCUCAAGGCCGCUCAUUUCAUUAAGCUUCAUCUCUCCUAUGUCCACCUGAGGCUCAUGAGCAGGAGUGACGUGGACCUGAAGCUUUCUGAUCUCAGGAGAAAGAUUGACCAUUUAGCAUCAGGGAGAACAGGUGGAGGCGUCAUCAUCUACGCAGGUGACUUGAGAUGGGCAGUCGAUGAGGAAACAAGAGACGGAUGCCGGUUUAAGCCAGUCGAACACAUGGUUGCAGAGUUGGGAAGGUUGCUAUCUGAGUUCAGGAGCAGCAUCGGCAAUGGCGGCGGUGGCACUGUGAACACCAAGCUGUGGUUACUGGCGACUGCAAGCUAUCAGACCUACAUGAGGUGCCAGGUGAGGCAGCCAUCUCUCGAGACUCGGUGGGCUCUUCAAGCUGUAGUGGUUCCCUCAGGUGGCCUUGGACUGAGCCUCCAAGCUCCCAGUGGCCUAAACGCCGGGUUGCCGGAACUCUUCGAGCAUCCUUCUCCGCUGCUUGGUUCCAAGGUUCUCAGCACCAGGGAGGAUGAGAAGCUCAUCUGCUGUGGUGAAUGCAUCUCCAACUUUGAGAAAGAAGCUUCAGUGCACAGGUCAGUGAACAAAGACACCAACUGUGGCUCGACACAGUUGCCGUUCUGGCUGCAAAGACAGAGUCCAGACAACCACAAGGAUGCAUUGCUGGAAUUGAAGAGGAAAUGGAACAGCCUGUGCCGAAAUCUCCAUCACAUCGGACGUAGUCAGACUCGUUUGCAUCCAUCCUCGAUCUUGAAUCAGAGUUCCAUUGGCAAGAACCUCAGCUGUUCUUCAUCAUACCCAUGGUGGCCUAACAGCAACCAGAGCGAGAGCUCGAUGCAAACUACUCCAGAGCUUGAUGGUGGAUUGCCAUUCGACAUGAUCGAUUCGAGAAAUGGAACAGGUAACUGGCAGGAGAGGGAAGAAUCGAAGCCGAGCUUUCCUGAAGUCAGCUUGCAUUGCCUUAGAAGUGCAGGAAAUCUGGAUGUCGGAGUUACUCUGUCUAUGGGCGGUGCUGUCGUCUCAGACUCGGCGACAUCAAACAAGCAGAAAGAAAUGAUGACAGACCAUCGAGAACUAACCCGGAAAUUGCUAGAGAACAUGCCUUGGCAAUCAGAAAUCGUUCCUUCGAUGGUCGAAGCACUGACAUCAAGCGAAAACAAGGGCGUUCGUCUCCUGUUACAAGGAAACGAUUGCGUCUCGAAGAGGAGACUGGCACGAGUGAUGGUCGAGCAUUUCGGUGGAUCCGAAGAAAGGUUCAUACACAUCGACAUGAGGAGACGGGCGAGCAAAUGCAGCUCAUGCGGAGAGAUCCUCGAGGAAGCCUUGGAAAAGGAAUCGAAGCUUGUGGUUUUCAUGGAGGACAUUGAUCGAGCAGACACCAGCUUCGUAACAUCUCUGGUGGAUGUGCUAAAGAUGGGAGCUUUUGAGACGUCAUCGGGCCAAGAGGUGUGCCUGACUGAGACAACCUUCAUCCUUACCACAUCGAGCUCGGCUGGCAUUGGAGAUGCCAACGACGUGAUCAAGAUGAAGUUGCAGGCCGAAGUGCCGUCAACCAACAAAGAUCUCAGAAGGAAGGCAGAAACAGAGCAACAGAACAAGCCGAAACGACCAAGAAGGGGAGAUUGCACUCUUGACCUGAACCUACUUGCAGAGGGGGAGGACGAAGAGGCAGUCCCGAGCGAUCUAACCAAUGAGACAGACUGCGGGAACUCCCGUCUUCCAUCUGAGCUGCUCGAACUGAUCACCGCUCGAUUGGCCAUGGACGCCGACCUCGAAAGGCUGCGUCCGGCAUCCGAGAAUCUCGUUUCGAAGCUCCGUCGGGCAUUCGACGAGGUGAGGAGCGGCGUCGGAGGGGAAAUCGGGGAGCUGCUUAUCGACGGCGCGGCGGUGGCGGAGCUGAUGGCCGCCGCCGGCUCCUUCCUGGAGGGCAUCUUCGAGAGGUGGGUGAGGGAGGUCUUCCAGACCUGUUUGCGGCGGGUGGAAAGGGGCGGGAAUGUGAGGCUGAGGGCGGAGGGCAAAGUGGGAAAUGUGGGUGAGUUUGGGUUCAUGUCCUCUCUUCUACCGAAGUGGAUGGAUGUCGACUGAAGCACUCGUGCAUUGGUGGUUUUACGUAUCUAUCCUUUUAUUAUCUGGAAAUAGCAUAUUUGCCCCUUCUGGUUUUUCCAUUGCA